CAUAGUGCACAUUUAUUAUACCUUCCGCCAUUGAACAGACAAGGAGGACGAUCUGUCGGGGGGAAUAUACUGUGAAGAAAAUUGGAACGCAUGUGCAAAUAACAUUGUUUUCCUGAAUCGGAGUAUCCAUAAUUCGGAUCUUUUGUGUUGAUUUGUUUUGUAAAAGCUGUUUGUUUGAACGGAUACGUUUUCUAACUACUAUUUUGCUAAUAGUUUCGAUUAAUGGUGUUGUUAUAGUCUGUUUUAUAGUUUUUCAAUCGAUUUUUUUAAAAAUUGGAUCCAUAACUAUAUUUGACAGGCUGUGAAAACAGCCUUGUGCAAUGAAAAUUUUUGGCUUUUGAAACCCAGCAUCAUGAGUUUCACAAGUGAUGAGGUCAACUUUUUGGUGUACAGAUACCUACAGGAAUCGGGUUUUGUACACUCAGCAUACACGUUUGGAAUAGAGAGUCACAUCAGCCAGUCUAAUAUCAAUGGGGCCCUAGUUCCUCCCGCUGCUCUUCUCAAUAUCAUAAUGAAAGGACUGCAAUACACAGAGGCAGAAAUCAGCAUCGGCGAGGACGGUGCCCAGGCCAAGAACAUUGAAGCCCUGACCCUGAUUGAUGCUGUGAUGCCUGAUGUGGUAGAGUCCAAAAAACAGGCGGCCCAACCGGCUCCAAAGAUCAAGACAGAACCCGCCAGCACCAACGGGGAAGAGGCGGCACCUGCAGAAAUAGCCAAUCACACAGAUUCAAUGGAAGUGGAUGGUGGUCAGGAAAUUCCUACAAACAAAGCUACCGUUCUGCGAGGGCACGAGUCAGAGGUUUUCAUCUGUGCAUGGAAUCCCACCAACGAUUUACUGGCCUCAGGGUCUGGAGAUUCUACUGCCAGAAUUUGGAACAUGAAUGACAACAGUUGUUACAGUGCCAAUCAAUUAGUUCUCAGACACUGCAUCCAGAAAGGAGGCACUGAGGUUCCCAGCAACAAGGACGUCACAUCCCUAGACUGGAAUUGUGAAGGCACGUUAUUGGCUACAGGGUCGUAUGAUGGCUAUGCCAGGAUCUGGAGUACAGAGGGCAGGUUAGUGAACACACUGGGGCAACACAAAGGACCAAUAUUUGCCCUCAAAUGGAACAAGAGAGGGAAUUAUAUUCUGAGUGCAGGGGUGGACAAGACUACGAUAAUAUGGGAUGCCAGCUCUGGAAACUGUACACAACAAUUCGCAUUUCACUCAGCUCCGGCGUUGGACGUGGACUGGCAGAGUAACGCUACGUUUGCCUCGUGUUCCACGGAUCAGUGUAUCCACGUGUGUCGACUCGGCAUGGAGCGCCCAAUGAAAACAUUCCAAGGACAUACCAAUGAGGUCAAUGCCAUCAAAUGGGAUCCUCAAGGACAACUUCUGGCCUCGUGUUCAGAUGAUAUGACUUUAAAAAUUUGGAGUAUGAGGCAGGAUCCGUGUGUACACGACUUACAGGCUCACAGUAAAGAAAUAUACACAAUUAAAUGGAGUCCCACUGGUCCAGGCACAAACAACCCUAAUGUGCCUCUCAUACUGUCCAGCGCGUCUUUUGACUCGACAGUCAGGUUAUGGGAGGUGGAGCAGGGAAGGUGUCUACACACACUAACGAAGCAUCAGGAGCCGGUGUACAGCGUAGCCUUCAGUCCCGACGGGAAAUACCUCGCCAGCGGAUCCUUCGACAAGUGUGUUCACAUCUGGAAUGUACAGAGCGGUCAGUUGGUACACAGUUAUAAAGGGACGGGAGGGAUAUUUGAGGUGUGUUGGAAUCACCGUGGAGACAAAGUGGGAGCCAGCGCAUCAGAUGGAUCUGUGUUUGUUCUGGACUUGCGGAAAUGAUGCUCCCAGUCCCCGUCAGACUUGAGUUAAAUAUUGUUUGUCUGUGAUACGUGUUGAUGGUGUGCAGUCAAUGAGCCAUAUUGUCCUGCCCCGGGAAGGUCAGCCUCGGGAGCCGCGGCACUUACAGGCCCCGCCCACAUCAUCACAGGCCCCGCCCAUAUCAUCACAGGCCCCUCCCCCUAGCGGUGACGUUCACCUGCUGUCCAGAUUCUAUAUUGUCCCAGUCAGACCAACAGAGGGGAUGAUUGCGUUAGGGAAUAACAAAUUGUUCAGUUUAUUUUAUGUGUGUAAAUAUACUAAUAGGUUUAUAUUAGUUUUCAUUGAAGAAGACAUUGUUAAUGUAAUGAUCUCAGGUGUGUGUGUGUGUGUUUGUUGGUGUAGAUGUCAAGAUUUGAAUGUUGUCAUCUUUCCAAGUUCUCUAAGAAAGUGCUAUUUUUUAUUUAAUGUAUGAAAAUCUAUUAAAAAAAUAUUUUUAACGUUAGAUUUUUUUGUUUCUAUUUUUUUCUUAAAAUCAUUGACCCGUAACAAUAAAAUGUCACACUGUCUGUAUUAGAAUUUUUGUUGUAAAAUUUAGACUACAACCAUUUUAUAUCUGUAUGGUUUUGAUUCAGGAAAUUUUGUUUAUAUCUUUUCCCUACUUUUAACAUUGUGAAGUAACAGUAAGAUGUACAGACAUGUUUGGUUCCAGUCCACUCAUUUCAUGCGAUCGUUAGGUUUUUAAUAAGAUGGCAGCUAUGUCAUUAUCUCUAUGUAGUUCUGUUAACUCAUCCCUUGUACCAAGAGUACCAUUCAAAAUAUCACAGGAAGAUAAUAUUUAUUCUUACUUGUAUUACAACAGAAUAAGUUUUACUACUUCUGAAGCCACUGUAUCACAUUUAUAUUAAAUGGUGAAUUCAAGCAUAUUAAGUUGUGCAAUUGAUGAAAGAAAUGUUAUAUUUCAUACAGUUUAUCUUAAUAUGUAAACAAAAGGAAGUCGGCUAUGAAUAUUGCUUUAUAAAACUGAGACUAUAAUUUAGGAUUAAGUAGCCUCUGUUUGUUAAUCUGUGCCAAGCUUCUGUUACGGUCUGUAGACAUUAGUAUUUAAUUAAUACAAACUCGCGGAGACCCUGACAAGGGUGAUCACUCUGUACCAGGGUCUUGUUUUGGUAGAUCACGUAUGUACUAGGGUGUUUCAAUUGUCAAAUACAGAGACAUUGUCAAUAUUUUUAA